CACAAAAGAUGGUUCACGAACGGUUGGGCCCUGACCACUUUGGGCACUUGACAAUUUGACCCUUUUAGAUGGCGAACCUGUGGCUGGCAGCUGAAACGAUCUACAUACGCACCUUUUCCUGUCUCAAAUUCCAAACCCUUUUUUCUGGCACCCAAUUUUAACGGGCACCAUUGCUUUGCCGCUCUCUUGCCUCCCGAACGAAGUCCUCUGUUAUGGGGUUUAGGCUGCCCCUGAAAUGGGGUCUCUCAGUUCAGCCCCCUUUCUCCACCAAGUCAUCAUCGUAUUGGCUUUCUUCAAUUUCAUAUAUUAUCCCAAUAGAUGCAAAUGGAAAUUCUCUCACCUUCUAAUUCCAAGUUUAGGCAAGAUGCCCUUUACAUCACAGAAACAUAGUUGUGAAUCCUCAUUCAUAUGGAAAAAUGUCGGAUUAGCAUUUUCAAGGGAAGGGAGACUUUAUACAAUUCAUUAAGGACUUCUCCAUCUUUUAUCAAUGGGGAGAAUGAUGCUUCGCAUAAUGAUCCUCUCAAGGUGUGGACUUGCUUAUCUGAUGCACAACACUGUGAAAAUGACGACUCUGUAACUGCAGUGAAGAUGGCAAUUGGCAGAGGGUCUCAAAGUGGAUUCUACACCAGAACCUGCAACAAUGUUGAUAUGUCAGCGCAGGAGGAUAAGUUGCCAUUCCUUGAAUCAUCCAAAGCAAAACAUUUUGGUUUUCUGAUGCAAAAUCUUGAGAUGCUGGAGCAUAUUUUUGCUGACUCAGAUGGCGUUAGACUGGAAAGAGAUAUUCUUGUGCAACUAGAAAGGAUUGGAGCUCUAGAAUUAUUCCAUACCUGUCUUGAGAGGACACUAAAAUCUUCGACUUCCUCCAAUUUGACUGAUGUGCCAAUUGAGCUUAUUGAAGAAAUUCAGGAGGAUGGUCUUGUGAAUGUUAACGUGGAUAAGAGUGUUGUCUCCUCUGGAAAAAGACAAGAAAGGGAAUCAAGGAGAAAGAGACAACCCAAGAAUACCAGAGGCAUUAAAGUAGAACUAUUGCCAAAAAGAUUUGGAGAUCCAAGACAGCCAAAGUUAUCUUCUGGAAAAAAAUUAGGAAAUUCUAGAAAUACACGUCAGAAUAUCGCUAAAAAUGAAAUAGAAAUGUCAAUUGGUAUUAAGGUGGUUGCCGAACUGGAGAGGUUAAGGUCAGUACUGGAAGAAGAAACUGGCCGGGUAGCUAGCUCAAGUGGCUGGGCUAAAGCUGCUGGUCUGAGCCAAAAGAUCUUGCAGCAGCGUUUACAUUUUGGUUGGUAUUGUAGGGAUGAGCUUCUAAGAAGUACAAGGUCCUUAAUCAUAUAUCUUGCCAGAAACUACAGGGGAUUUGGUGUGGCAUUUGAUGAUCUAAUCCAGGCAGGGAAUAUGGGUGUCCUAGAAGGUGCUGUAAGAUUUGACCACACAAGGGGAUACAAAUUCUCAACCUAUGCCCAGUAUUGGAUAAGGAGAUCAAUGUCGAGAACUGUAGCAAAGCAUGCUAGAGGGAUUCGAAUUCCUAUCAAAUUACGUAAAUCAAUAAAUGAAAUACAAAAAGCUCGAAAUGCUUUGAGUAGCAGCCAUGGAAAAUUUCUGAGUGAAAGUAUAAUUGCAGAGUUCACAGGUCUUUCCACAGAAAGAAUUGCAUUGGCCAACAAACGACUGAGAGUUGUGGGUUCAGUUGAUCAGAAAGUUGGAGACUGUAUCAGUGUCAAAUUCAUGGAGUUUACCUCAGAUACAUCAACAAUGAGUCCAGAAGAAGCUGUGAUGAGAGAGUACAUGGUAAAUAAAAUGUAUUUACUUCUCAAAGAUUUGAUGCCUAUAGAGCGGCAGAUAUUGAUCUUCAGGUUUGGUCUUGGAAAUAUUCCACGCAAGUCGCUCGAGGAGAUUGGGAGGCUUUUUGGUGUUAGCAAAGAGUGGAUUAGAAGAGUAGAAAGUAGAGCACUCGCAAAACUUAGAAAUGAGAAUUGUCUUCAGGAUUUUAGCCGUUAUCUGCAUGUAUAGUAUCAACCCAUUGUAUUGUAUUGUAUUGUUAUGUGCUAUCCAAAUAAUAAGUAGUACGGAGUAUUUUAUUAAAAUUUUCA